AUGCUCCAGGGGAACUGCACUGCAGUGCUGGACUUCAUGCUGUUGGCUUUUCCCACCCAGCCAGAGUGUCAGAUCUUACUUUUCCUGGGCAUCAGCGUGAUCUAUGCUGCCAUAAUCACAGGUAACGUCCUCAUUAUGGUAGCUAUCUGGGGCAACCCUCACCUACACACUCCCAUGUACUUCUUCCUGGGGAAUCUCUCUGUGGUUGAGCUCUGCUACACAGCAGCUGUAGUCCCACAGAUGCUGCUGACCAGCUUGCAGGAGAGGAAGUCCAUCACUUUUAGAAGUUGCUGUGCUCAGAUGUUCUUCUUCAUUGGACUGGGCAGUGCCGACUGCUUCUUACUGGCCAUCAUGGCAUACGACCGCUAUGUGGCCAUUUGCAAACCCUUGUACUAUACCCUCAUCAUGACGCAGCAGCUGUGCAUUCAGCUAGUGGCUGCCUCCCUGCUGAUUGGUUUCUUGAUUUCAUUCAUUCUGGUGUGGCUGGUCUUCCACCUCCCCUUCUGUGGCGAGCUUGGAAUUGAACACUUCUUCUGCGAUGUGCCACCUGUAUCAAAGCUCACCAGUAACAAGACCAAGCUCGAUGAGGCUGGGGUGUUCCUCAGUGGGAUAACGGCCAUCGCUGUACCCUUCAUAUUGAUCUGCGCCUCUUACCUUUUCAUCGCUGUUACAGUGCUGCGGAUCCAUUCUGCAGACAGUCGCCGAAAAACCAUCUCCACUUGCUCCUCCCACUUAGCUGUAGUGGCCCUGCAGUACGGUUGCUGCAGCUUCAUGUACCUGCGCCCAAGCUCCAGCUUUUCUCCAAAGCAGGACCAGAUGCUAUCAAUGGUGUACACUCUGGGUACACCGCUACUUAACCCCAUUAUAUACAGCCUGAGGAACAGAGAGAUGAAAGUAGCCCUGAGGAAAGUCAUCAGACACCGAAUCUUCCAAAGGGAAUCUGAAUGCCACUAA